AUGCUCGCGGAAGAUGAAUUCGGAAGGAAUCCUGCUAGGGAAGCUCGCGAAGUCCCCGAGAAGAAGGCAAAGCCUGGAAAGAAAGAUGUUGAACGUGACCCGAGAUAUGUGUAUAUCGAAGCUGAAGGCGCCUAUGACAAGUCGCCUUAUCUGCGAUUUGGACGUUUCAUGCUCAGAUACCUGCCCAUGUCAAGGAAGAAGAUGUUGUCCACAAGCCCGAGGGCAUCGAAAUCUCAUGUCAGUGAUAUCCCUCUAGUUCGCCAUAGAGCUAACACAGUCCCAGGGUCUGAUGGACACAAGGGUGUUUAUUCGUAUGACUGGCUCAAAGCCCACCAGAAUGAUGUGGGCAGACCUUCUCGCACCCCAAAGCGUGGCAGGUAUGACAAUUCCGAUUCUUCCAAGGGCAAUUUUGACACCCUGCCUAGAGUGCCUAGAAUGCCUAGACCGUUUGUUCCAUGCUGGCCACAUGAGAACAAACGCCCUACCGUCUCCUAUGAAAAAGUCAUGGCAGAUGAUAAAUCUCUCCUGGACUGGCUAGAGAAGAUCUACUGGCGUGGAUUCUGUUUCAUCGAGGGCGUCCCUGUCACCCCCGAGGCUACCAAGGAUCUCAUUGAGAGGAUCGCAUUUAUCAGACAUACGCACUACGGCGGGUUCUGGGACUUUACCGCCGAUCUCACCUUCAAGGACACCGCAUACACCAAUGAAUUCCUCGGCGGUCACACAGACAAUACCUACUUCACCGAUCCUGCCCGGCUCCAACUCUUUCAUCUCUUGUCUCAUACCAACGGCUCAGGCGGUGAAAACUUACUGAUUGACGGAUUCGCCGCUGCAAAGACGCUCUGGCAAGAGAACAAAUCCCACUACCAGGCACUGCAGGAUACAUAUCACCCAUGGCAUGCCAGCGGCAACGAGGACAUUUGCAUCCAACCAGCUCAAUCGGCUGCGGUUUUCCAUGUCAACAAUGAUUUGUCUAAUGUUGAUCAGAUCCGGUGGAAUAACUAUGAUCGCGCUGCGAAGAGCGGCUGGAAUGUAGAGGAUCAGGUGCGGUGGUAUGAGGCUGCGAAACACUUUAACGAUAUCCUCAAUCGGAAAAACAGGCAGUUUUGGACUCCGCUGGAGCCAGGGACUGCUUUGAUUUUUGAUAAUUGGCGGAUGCUGCACGGUCGUUCUCAAUACACCGGCAAGAGGAGAAUGUGUGGUGGCUAUGUCAAUAGCGAUGACUUCCUUUCUCGGCUUCGGGUGCUGAAAUAUGGCCGCAAGAAGGUGAUGGAAAACAUUGGGAACUACUACAAGGGAUCCCCCAACAACCCGAACCUUUUUAUUUAG